AUGGCCAGCAAAACAGGAAGAACCUGGCUAGACUGUAAAAAGCCCCAGCUAGCUGAUAACUUCAUAAGUCUUGCUGUCAAAGUAAGCUUGCAUAUGUCAAACUAUACCCUAUGAUGACUACAGUAGAUUAGAGAGCUGAUAACCUUCUCGAAUUUCUGUCAUAACACUCUGUCAUAGCACUGAAUUCACAUAAUAUAUUCCGUAAUCUUGUUUGACCAGAGUUUGGAGACAUUGUACAGCCAACUAACAUCCCGAAGCGAUGGAGGGACAGACAUCAACACAUCGAAAGGAGAUGUGGAGAAGGACCUGCUUCGAGUUCUGUGAGGCAGACAAUAUGUAGUACCCAGCUAUAGGAGGGGGAAAAAAUAUGUUCACAUAUAGCUUUAAUUUACUGAUGUACUGGUAGCUUAUGAUAGUUUAUAUUCCCACACAGGCACUUAAUUACAGUAAGUUGCUGAACCCUCUCCUUUAGGCCAAGGUCCUGAGGCUCCUUGCCACUGACUAUCUAAAGCAGGACUGUCAGCAGUUUCAGAAGGCACUCAACCCCCCCGUUAAUACUUUUUAAUAUUAAGCAAGAUUAUUUGGCUCUCUAUUAAUACUUUGCAAUUUGACAGGAAAGUGUGAAUCCCUCUGGGCUCUAGCUGAAGAUCACAAUUCUAUUCAGAUGUGGGGCUCAGGAUGAUCACAUAAGAGCUGGUGAGUAGGACAUUACCCUGCUUCUCUCUCUUUCUGCCCUUGAGUGGCUUGAGUGGGAGUUUUACAUCAAUUUAAGGACUCCAAGUCCUCCGUUUACAGUACUGUAUAAUGCAUUACCAUUUAAUCUUGCUGUUCAACAUCCACUGAAGUAGCUAGCAAGUUUACUAGAUAGCUACAGUAGUUUCCGUGGUAACCAAACAAACAGACUUGCUAGUUUAGCUAACCAAACCAUCAGUCCUAGCUUGCCAUUAUGAGAAUCGAAUUCAACAAUGCCAAUAAUGUUUUAAAUUCGACUUUUGCUUUCAAAAGCAGCUCAAACAUAGAACAUGUAAAAAUGAACUAUAGUCAUUGAAUUCUACCGUGCAAAUAUACUAUGCAUUAUAGCGAAAUAAUGCUAGUUCUAGAAUGCCCUUCAAGCCAAUCAGAAACAAGCAUUCAACAAUGCCAUGGUGUAAUUAAUAGUAAUCUUUGUGUGUGUACUUUGUGCAUUCCUGAGUGUGUGUGUGUGUGUCAGGCCAAAGAAGCAAUAAAGGAGGCAGAGAGAUUUGAAUCAACCAGCAUCUUCACUCAGUUCAGCGUUUACAAGAUUGCUGUUCUGGAGAACAAUGUGGAGGAAGGUAACAGCAUAUUACAUGAGUGUGGUGAGUUUUGGGAUUGACUACAUGUAUCCAGGCCCUCUGUACUGCUCAGUCUGAAACCUUGUUUCUAUCAGCUGCAGGGGCAGUAAAGGCCAUCGGGGCUCUGGCCCAAGGACCUGUGACCAGUGAAGACAGACUGCUGGUGGCUGAGAACGCUGACUCCAACCUCCAUCAGUCUGGCUGCUCAGAUCGCUCUGGAGGUGGGUCCCCAUUACUGACCUACCUCUGGGAAGUAUGGUGAUAAUGUUGGUGAUUAUGGUGAUGAUAAUGAUGAUGAUGACAAUUCUUGAAGGAGAACAUACCCAUCAUCAUCAUGAACAACAGGACACAGCCAUGAAGGCUCUGGAGAGUUUGUGUGAACACUCAAAAGAUGAAGCUCAGGUUGUCACUGCUCUCAGGUCAGAUACUAACACACAACAUCAGCGAAAUUGUCCAGCAAGAUCGGAACACUUUAUGUGAAUGGUCCAUCGUAAUACAUACAUUAUGUUAUCAUAAACAUGACAUAACCUACAAUGACAGUUGAUUAUGACCAUUUGUGUCACCAGUCUCCCACCAUAAAUGCAUUAGAAAGCAUGACACAUGGUGCUGUGUAAGGUUUCACUGUCUCCCAGAUCUACUGACCUACAUCUUCUAAUUUCUCCUGUGAAAUAUGUGCCUCUCAGUACAGUGUUAGUAGGUGAAAGGAACUAGGUCCCCAGUCCUCAUCAUCUUUGUAUUUUAUAGGCAUUUGGUUCCACUGGUGCUAUCAACAAUAGAAAAAGCCAGUGUGGAGACAAGGAGAGAUUGAUGAGAUAUUGUUAAACAUGAUGCAUUAUACAAUGUUGUUUAAAUGCUUCAUUUCUACCAGGAGUGUGACGUUUAAACGAAUUUGGGAUCGUUAACGUUUAGAAAAAAUCCCUAACCCAAAAUCCCCCCCCCCAAAAAUAAUGAAAAUCAGUGCCAAAAAUCUAACUACCACAAACAGUUCCCGAUCAUCAUCAUAAAGGCAAAAUGCUGUGAAUAGGAGACAUGCAACUUCCAAAUUAUUUUCCAAAGAUAUAAAGCGCCACGCUCUUCGUUAACAGUUGGGAAAGGGAAGUGAGACAGGGAAGCGACAGCAGCUACGUUUUGUAGGGCAAUACUUUGAGAAGUUAAAUGAGAAGAAGGUGAUGAAAUGCAAACUUUGCAAGGUGGAAUUGAGCUACAGUGGCAGUACAGGUACAAUGCUGAAAGGGAGACACCGCGAGACCCAAAUCGUUGCUGGCAGCAGUGCGAUAAGGGACGGAGUGAGAAAAUCACAGUGCUGAUUACAGAAAUGAUUCCAGUUGAUAUGCAGCCAUUGUCAAUGGUAGAGGAUGUCGGCUUCAAUACCCUAAUGGCAUAUCUAGAACCAGACUACAAGAUGCCAUGUCGAAAAAACCGUGAAGGCCCUGAUGGAGAAAUUGUACAAUGUUUGCUCUGCCACCUACAUUUUCUCUUAAUAUAUGAGUAGCCUGAGGUAAUGCUUUAGCACCGAUUCUAUUUUUAUCUGCUGUGCGUUGCUUUGUUUUCACCACAACCAGUGUUUGUUGUCACCAGCACAGAAAUUCAGAAAGUAUCACAGCUCAGCCCUGGGCCUAGCAUGGCUGUGGAGUAGCAGCGCACAGAGGAGGCCAACUGGUUCACUAGCAUGGCUGUGGAGCAGCAGCAAACAGAGGGAGGCCAACUGGUUCAGGAAGAUUGGUACUUACAUACUAUCUGGAGAUCUACUGUUAUCUAUCUCACUGUUGUACAUUUAUCUGGAUCAUCUAGCUAUUUUACGAGUUACAGUGGCACCAUGAAAGCAUAGUGCACUGUGCAUUUUGUCUAUUUUAUUCCUGUGUGUGUGUUUGCGCCCACGUGCUUGUGUGUGUCCAUGUGUGUCUUAGCUUGGAACUCUGCGCUGCAGUGUGAGAGCAGCCCUGACAGGAUGAGGGAUUUCUUUGUGUUCUCUUACCAGACAAGUCCUCUUAUUAGCAUCGCUGGGAGAAUAGGUCUGUAUCUGUGCAUCUGUAGAUCAAUAUAACCCACAGGGAAUUAGUGUUGCCGUAGAUAAAGAAACAUGGAGCCCUGCAGCUUCCCUGGAGCCCUGAAGCUUCCCUGGAGCCCUGCAGCUUCCCUGGAGCCCUGCAGCUUUAGCACAAAACAACUUGGUCAGUCAUUAUAUCCUCACACCCCCAAACACACAGACACAGACUAUCAUGCAGGCACACUCCAUUUUAAUGCGUUCUCUCUGUGUUGUGGUCCUUAAUCUUUAUGGUUCUCUUAAUAUAUAUAUAUAUAUGUGUAUGUAUGUAUGUAUGUGUGUGUGUGUGGUAACCCUAGCUGUCCCUGUUCUGUCCCCCUGACCGGGCUGAGUUGAUGGGCAAGAAGACGUGCCUGUUGAUAGCUGCUGCUGCCUCUGGAGCUCUGUAGGAAGUCUCCACACUCUGACCAGGUGUGUGUGCCACCCACUCUCCCUCUCUCUCUGCCUGUUGUCCACAUUUAGCUCCCUCCAUCCGCAUGGAUGGAAAUUUACCAUGCCAGCGGAGAGGAGAGGUGACUAACUGUGUUUUCAGUGCUGGCGUAGGUGGUUAUUUUAAAUCCUGCUGUUAUGGGUAGCGGCCACCAGGAGGCGAUGAUGAAUACUGAAUGACAAUGUCACUGUGUCUUCAUGUUUAGACCGAGCAGCUGACACAAGCCCUGGAGCACAUUCAGAUCUGCUGGGAGGUCUGGAAGACUCUUAAAGCCUCUAAUUAUCCCUCCUCUUCCAUUCCAUGCUAUGCGCAGUUCUGCCAUGAUGUUGGAUUACCUUGUGCAAGGAGAAUAAUCGGAGAUCAUCCGACAUGCACUCCAGGGGACUUGUCCAAGGACCCAACAGACAUCUUGCUGUUGUAUGAGUUUGAGACUCGUGCCAAGCUCAACGACCCCAAGAUGGAGACAGUGCUGGAGUCAGUGCUGGAGCUGGAUAACAUUGAGACCAAGGUGUUGGAAACCAUGGCAGGUGAAGAGGACACACCGUAGCUGACCCUCUCCUUACAUAACUUGUUCUCUUCAUCGAGGUGUUGUUUGUUGUGAUGAGUUUCUUCUGUCAUGGAGCCUCCUGCCUACUUCCCUCUGCUGUGUAAGAAGGCCUUGAGGAUUGCUCUGCCUCUGUACAGGAAAUGACCACAAGCAGACCUGGCCGGUUGCAGGUCCAUCUCAUCUGCCAUCCCAACACCCAAAACAAUUAAACGCCUCACAAUUUACGAUUGGUCCACUAAAAGGGUCUAACAGAUACUGGUAUAUGAUCCAGUCAGAUAUUAGCUGUGACAGAGAGCUCCAGUGUGUCCGAGCGUAGGUUGCUCUCUCUCUCUCUUCCCCUCUCCCCUCUCAGCCAGCGUAUGCAUGGCCUGAUGCAGCUGUAGCUGCCGAGCGGCGUGUCGAAGGUGGAGGCCCGCGUGCUGGAGGAGGAUAUGGGGCUAAUAUGAGGAUGGCCUGUCCAUCAUCACAGCCGCAGUGAGUCAGCACCAAUCACGCCCCCCCCCACCCCGCACUGUCAUUACCCCCCCCCCCUCAUCCCUUCACCCCCCUCCGCCCACUGCUGCUGCCCUGAAAGUAUCUUCUGUUUGUUUUUAUCAAUGGGCUUUCAGCACCACUUCAAUUAGCAGAUGCUUCCAUUCACCAUCCCCUUCCUGCCAAUUGGAAUGGUAAUGUGCUGUACAAGCCAUCACUUUAAGAGCGUUAUUGAAUGUUAUUGAAGCAUUACCAAGCUUUAUGUGCACAGGCACAUUUUCAUAUGCAGUUGCAACUCGAAGCGCUGCCAUGCAGAUUUUCCAUUACACCACCUUGAAAUCGAUACAUUAAAACAAUGGAUGGACAAGUGCCAUAAAGGACAAGUUUACCCAAAAUCCAGAAACUCCCAAGUGAUUCCAUACAUUUCAACUAGUUCAGUGGAGUUUGCCCUCUCCCCCUCUCUCUCCCUGUAGUGCUGUACUGAAACAGUUGCAAAAACGGGUCACGUGACUCGUGACGUUGCUGGAUGCGAAGUGUGGACAAAUUUGUUUUUUUAUUUUAUCGUACAGCCGAAUUAGCUAUUUUUUAGCUUUGAGUCAGAAAAUGUGUACAUUUCCACCUACAACUCAAUAUUAGGAAGGUGUUCUUAAUUUCUGGUAGCCUAUGUUUAUUUAUCACACUGUUUUUUCCCCUCGUCAUAAAUACAGUGGCUUGCGAAAUUAUUCACCCCCCUUGCCAUUUUUCCUAUUUUGUUGCCUUACAAUCUGGAAUUAAAAUUGAUUUUUGGGGGGUUUGUAUCAUUUGAUUUACACAACAUGCCUACCACUUGGAAGAUGCAAAAUAAGACAAAAAAACAUAACUUGAGCGUGCAUAACUAUUCACCCCCCCCCCAAAGUCAAUACCUUGUAGAGCCACCUUUUGCAGCAAUUACAGCUGCAAGUCUCUUGGGGUAUGUCUCUAUAAGCUUGGCACAUCUAGCCACUGGGAUUUUUGCCCAUUCUUCAAGGCAAAACUGCUCCUUCAAGUUGGAUGGGAUCCGCUGGUGUACAGCAAUCUUUAAGUCAUACCACAGAAUCUCAAUUGAAUUGAGGUCUGGGCUUUGACUAGGCCAUUCCAAGACAUUUAAAUGUUUCCCCUUAAACCACUUGAGUGUUGCUUUAGAAGUAUGCUUAGGGUCAUUGUCCUACAGGAAGGUGAACCUCCGUCCCAGUCUCAAAUCUCUGGAAGACUGAAACAGGUUUCCCUCAAGAAUUUCCCUGUAUUUAGCGCCAUCCAUCAUUCCUUCAAUUCUGACCAGUUUCCCAGUCCCUGCCGAUGAAAACAUCCCCACAGCAUGAUGCUGCCACCACCAUGCUUCACUGUGGGGAUGGUGUUCUCGGGGUGAUGAGAGGUGUUGGGUUUGCGCCAGACAUAGCGUUUCCUUGAUGGCCAAAAAGCUCCAUUUUAGUCUCAUCUGACCAGAGUACCUUCUUCCACGUUUGGGGAGUCCCACAUGUCAUUUGGCGAACACCAAACGUGAUUGCUUAUUUUUUUGUUUAAGCAAUGGCUUUUUUCUGGCCACUCUUCCGUAAAGCCCAGCUCUGUGGAGUGUACGCUUAAAGUGGUCCUAUGGACAGAUACUCCAUUCUCCGCUGUGGAGCUUUACAGCUCCUUCAGGGUUAUCUUUGGUCUCUUUGUUGCCUCUCUGAUUAAUGCCCUCCUUGCCUGGUCUGUGAGUUUUGGUGGGCGGCCCUCUCUUGGCAGGUUUGUGGUGCCAUAUUCUUUCCAUUUUUUUAUAAUGGAUUUAAUGGUGCUCCUUGGGAUGGUCAAAGUUUCUGAUCUUUUUUUAUAACCCAACCCUGAUCUGUACUUCUCCACAACUUUGUCCCUGACCUGUUUGGAGAGCUCCUUGGUCUUCAUGGUGCCGCUUGCUUGGUGGUGCCCCUUGCUUAGUGGUGUUACAGACUCUGGGGCCUUUCAGAACAGGUGUAUAUAUACUGAGAUCAUGUGACAGAUCAUGUGACACUUAGGUGAUAGCCCCCCAUGUAGCUCAGUUGGUAGAGCAUGGUGCUUACAACGCCAGGGUUGUGGGUUCGUUUCCCACGGGGGGCCAGUAUGAAAAAUGUAUGCACUCACUAACUGUAAGUUGCUCUGGAUAAGAGCAUCUACUAAAUGACUAAAAUGUGAACUUUAUUUAACUAAUUAUGUGACAUCUGAAGUUAAUUGGUUGCACCAGAUCUUAUUUAGGGGCUUCAUAGCAAAGGGGGUGAAUACAUAUGCACGCAUCACUUUUCCGUUAUUUAUUUUUUAGAAUUUUUUGAAAAAGUUUUUUUUAUUUUUUAUUCCACCUCACCAAUUUGGAAUAUUUUGUAUAUGUCCAUUACAUGAAAUCCAAACAAAAUCCAUUUAAAUUACAGGUUGUAAUGCAACAAAAUAGGAAAAACGCCAAGGGGGAUGAAUACUUUUGCAAGGCACUGUACAUAGGGCACAUACGCUAACCUGUAGCGCACCUAUAGCGCACCUAUGUUUACUUGGGCUCCCGAAUGGCGCAGUGGUCUAAGGCACUGCAUCUCAGUGCUUCAGGCGUCACUACAGACCUCCUGGUUCGAUUCCAGGCUGUAUCACAACCGGCCAGCGUCGUCCGGUGUAGGCCGUCAUUGUAAAUAAGAAUUUGUUCUUAACUGACUUGCCUAGUUAAAUAAAAAUGAUAAGAACACCUCUAACUUCAAGAAUCAGGCUAGGCUACAUACCUCCGCUCUUCUCUUCUCAAUGCGCCUUUAUAUUUUGGCACUGCGCCAGAUCCAGUCCAUGGAAAUACAGUAGCAACAUCUGUAUUUUUCAGUAUGCUUCGGUUUUCUGUCCCCAUAAUUUCAGACAGCAUAUCUCGUUCAUCUGCAUAGUCGCUGAAGUGCUUGCUACAUACACGCAAUGAAGCAAGGUUGGCUGCAGGAGUAUUUACAUCGUAUUUACCAUUUCGAAUGGCUACUAACCAUCUGCAUCUCUCCAUAUAUUUUAUCGGACAACACUGACAUUUUGUGCCUUUUUCCCUUGAUUUCCUGUAUAAAGUGCAGCCAGGGACCAAACACCAGCUUGCUCUUGCUGACAUCUCUUUAUCCACUUUGCGUAACUAACUUUACCUGCGAUAUACCUAACCCUAUCAACAUUCGCACCAGCUACUUCUCCCCCCCAAAGAACUUGAAUCUGUGACGUCGAGCUCCAUAUAAGGGCAUGCCGUGACGUUUCUUAGUACACAUUUAAUUACUCAAAACAGGUAGUACUUUUGACAAAAAUAGUUAAUUCGGCCAUAUGCUUUCAAUAAAACAACGAAUUUGUCCACACUUCGCGGAUUUCAGAAUAAUUAAUUAAUUGUCAUCGGAGCAGAGCAACGAUUCACGUGACCCGUUUCCCCCCCGGUGUUUCAGCCAGCACUACAGGGAGAGAGAGAGGGGAAACUACACUGAACUAGUUUAAAUGUAUGGAAUCACUUGGGAGUUUCUGGCCUUUGGGUAAACUUGUCCUUUAAAUCAAUAUACAUCAAUCACAUUUGAGUCUUUCUCAACAACUCUUUACCACGUGUUGUCAUGUAUAAAAUCCUAUAUUUUCUGAUGCUAGGUGUCAUUCCCAGACUGACUAUAGACAUUAAAAGCCCAUUCAUAGGCAUACCUGGACUCUGAGGCCAGGUGAGUUAUCAUCACAGGUGCUCCUAGACAGGUGGACUGCGGCAGCAUGAAUGUGUUCGUUGUCUCUUCUGUGCCUCCCCUCCAGCCUGAGGACUUCCCUGAGAUGGAGAUCCUGUGGCUGCUGACCCAAGCCUGGAACACAGGCAUCCUGCUGUACAGCCUGGCCCAGUACCCUGAGAGGUGGUGUGGCCUGGGCAUGAGCUUCCUCCGCCACCUGGGCUCCCUGCAGGAGAGCUACCAGACACUGGUACUACUGACUGACUGGGGCAAGGAGGGAGGGAGGGGGAGAGGGGACAGCAGUGGAACGUGACAGGGCUGAGUCAUCCGGAGUCAAAUGAGAGGCCUCGGCCCAGGGAAUACUGAUUAUAUGUCUUAAAUAAAAGUUUGUCUGUACACCUUUAACCGAAAAGAGAUAUAGACCUAGCCAUUUGUUUCUUAGAUUUCUAAUAUCCAGUAUUGUUUGUCUGUCCACAGAUGAUAGAUCUGUACACUGAGAUCCUGGACAGGCUGGACAAAGCCAAGAAGAACCUCAUCAUGGAGUAG